AUGAGUGCUGAAUCAUCUAGGUCUGGUGCCCCGCUGCAGACCACCCUCCCGAUCAAUUUCUUGAUAGUUGGUGGAGGAGUUGCUGGGUUGGCGUGUGCACUGGCUUUGAGGCGCGUAGGACACCACGCUACCGUAGUAGAACGGCGAGACAGAAAAUCCGCGCGAGGAGAGGGCGGAAUUCGUCUACCACCAAACUUGACCAAGAUAUUCUUUCACUGGGGCCUCCGGGACGCGCUUCGAGCUAAGGCCCUCAUUUCACAUACCAUUCUUUUCACAAGAUACGAAUCUGGAGAACCUCUCGGAAACCAAGUAUGGGACCAGGACGUCCUUCGGGAAACCCGCGGCGUCUUCAUGCUCUUGACUCAUGCAGAGCUCCACGACAUUCUUUACGACGCCGCGACCCGCGCAGGCGCCCGCGUUCGUUUCAACGCCGAAGUAGUAUCCAUUGACCCCGAGGAGCGCGAAAUCGAGCUCACGACGGGAGAAACGCUCACUGGGGAUGUCAUCGUCGGUGCCGAUGGCGAGCAAGGCCCGUCGCGCACGGCCGUGCUUGGGCGGGAGGUGAGGGGCGGGCCGACGGGCCUCGCGAUGUAUGACACAAUCGUCCCUGGAAAGCACCUGCCAGACCACCUCGCGUCGCUGCGGAAAGACAACGGUGUGUUUGUGGCGUUCGGGGAGGGACGCGCCAUCGUGGCGUAUCCGGUGCACGGAACGGAAGACUUCGCAUUCCAGUUCUAUGGCCCGGACGAAAAUGCGCAGGGCAAGUAUGGUGACCCUCCAUCGGUGUCUGUGCCAGAGAUUGCGCGGCCACUUGACCCACGACUAGCCGACAUUGUGAACAACGCGCGCACAGCGGUACGGGUAUCCGUCGUCGCCCACGAGGACCUCGAAGACUGGGUGGAAGACGAAGGCCGACUAGUGCUCAUCGGUGACGCAGCACAUCCGUUUGCCCCGGGCACGAUCCAGGCCACGGCGAUGGCGGUCGAGGACGGCGCGGUGCUCGCUAAGCUCUUCUCGCACCUAAGCGAGGAGCGGCAGAUCGAGAGCUUCCUGUACGCUUUCCAGGAGUUGCGCCAGCCCCGCGCGCGCAGCGUCGCGGCAGGCGAGUUCGGCGCCGCGUUCUUCAUGACCGCGACUGGGGAGCUCGCGGCGGGGCGCGAUGCGGCGAUGCGCGCGCAGUACGAGGCGGGCGCGAACGCGCUCGAGGGGGAGGGCGACGAGGCCAACGCCGCCUGGGAGGAGAUCCGCACGAUCUUCGGGUACGACUGCGAGGACGAAGCAGACGACUGGUGGGUGCAGUGGGGCCUCCUCCGGGAGCGCGCGCUCACCCGCACGGGCGACGACGAGGACGAGGACGGCGCGCCCGGGGGCCCGCCGCUGCUCGACUUCUCGGCAAUGACGGUGCAGGUUAGUUCGACCGCCACUGACUACGACGAGUGA